CUUAAAAAAAAUUACUUACAACUUUUCAAUUUAAAAAAGUUAUUAUAAGGAUACCGUUAAUAGCUAUUUCUCGCUUUCUAUUCACUAUUUUACUAUUAGAUACAUGUUAACUUUCCCCUUAAUAGUCAUAUUUGCCAUCCUCAAUCACAACAUCGAUAAUUUUUUUAAAAAGUUUUAUCAUGCUAUCUUUCCUUACAUCCUUAAAACCGAAUUAAGUAUGUACAUAAUUUUUUAUCUACUAGUACUCAAAAUCAUUCUUUAUUGAUUAGAUCGUAACUCCACGUUUAGUACUACUAACCUUGUAUAUCUCACUGUUAUAUGUUCAAUUGGCACACUUGUCAUCAGAUGUCAUGUAGUAAGCCCUAUCAAAGUCCAGACAAAUUGUCAUAAAUUCUAAUUUUCCCCCCUUGCGUUUCUAAUUUGCCACCUUUUUAUUCAAUGGGAGCGGAAAUGCGGAAUGGUCAAGAUCAUACAAAACGGGCUUGAGGUGUGGGCUAGAAACCCAUUUCGAUUUGGCCCAAUGACAAUAUUGAUAAACAAUUGAUUUUCCUUUUACUGCACAAGGUUGGACAAGCCAGCCUACUAGUUAAUCCAGCCCAAUAAUCACAAAAGCCCGGUGGCAGCCGCCACGCCAGACGAAAGAGUGACGUGGACAUCACCCCCAAAUAGGGAUGGCAAUGGGUCGGGUUGGGGCGGGUUUUGUCAAACCCAAACCCAUGGGUUUAUCCGCCAAAAAAACCCGGGAUAAAAUUCGCUGGGUUUGAAAAAAUCAAACCCAAUCCAACCCGCUGGGUAUCCGCGGGUUCGUGGGUACCCGUGGGUUUUUGUGGUAAAAAAUUUACAAUAACAAGUUUCUUUCAAAAUAAAAGUUUAACAUUAAUUUUCUCAUACAAAUUAUUCAUACAAAAAAAACCAAUCUAGAGCAUACAAGCAAACCGCAAAUGAUCAAUACAAAUUGUUCAAAAUUAAAGAUAAACAUCUAUAAACAAUAAGAUUAAUUGAAAGCUUCUUACUCGUCAACUAAGUUUCUUCACUUUCCACUUCAUAAUAUCAACUUCAUUCUAAACAAUUAGAAACAACAAAUUAUAUAUGUCUCCACAAACAUAAAGAAUGUUAAUUGUUUAAAGAAGAUAUAUUAUUUAGAAUAUUAAAUAUACCGGGAAAGUAAUUAUAUGUGUGUGGGCGGAUACCCAUGAGGCGGAUUUACCUAAACCCAAACCCAACCCGACCCGGUGAAUAGUGUAGCGGGUUUAAACCCGAACCCAGCCCAAAAACCGUCAACACGAAUUUUACUCGCGUUGACCGAGUUGGAUCGGGUGGGUACCCGUGGGUUCGAAUUUUGUUGCCAUCCCUACCCCAAACAAACAAAAAGCCAUUCGUGGGUUCUAGUAUUGAGUUCAGCCCACCUAAUGGGCCCCGCCCCACGUACCCGCCAAAACCCAUAUCUACUUACCACUACUACACGACAAAAAGAUAUAUAAAAAAAUAAUAUCCUCAUUCCCAAUAACGGCCACUUACUCGUUUUUUUCUGUAAUAAUUUGUUUUUUGUCUUUUGGCCUUUUCCCUUUCUUCUUUUCAUUUUCUCUUGUUAAGCUCUUAAUUAUCUCUAAAAUCCCCGGCUGCUGACCGACAGCUCCUCUUUCCCUCAGCCAGAGGUAAAAAAAGGUUAAAAAAAACAAAGAAAGGAAUCAGUUCUUGAAUUCCGUGGUAUAAAUCAGACGAGUCCCACUGGGUGUUGAUGCAUGAAAGACUUCCUGUAGAAGCAAUCUCCACCACCGCAUUGCGACAUGGAAGUGGUGGCUCUGGCUGCUGCUGCGGAGGAGGAGGGACGAAGAAAGCGCGGGAAGAGUAGGAGGAUGAAGGAGUGGAAUAGAUGGAUCGUUAAGGAAUCGGUAGUAAACAAAGAAGAAGAAGAUGAAGGAUCUUUCUCCAUUUUCCCAUCCUUUCCUUCUUCUUGUUGUUCGGCUCUGGGAUUACAGAACCCAUUGGAGGUGCUGGGGUUUGAUUUGAUGAUGAAGAUUCUGGGCAGCCUCGACGCACGCAGCGUGGCACUCUCUUUGCUCGUUUCUCACGGCUGGAAUUCCAUCGCUUCCGCUGACCACCUCUGGGGCUCCAAGUGUGAGGAGCUAUUGUUAGGCAAAGCACAUUUACCGCGACUAUUGCAUACCCAGGGACUGUCGAAGUUGGCUGUCUACUCCUUAUCCGUUACGGAUGGCAAGCGGGAUCGUAUUGGGAGGGCUGAUCUCUGUGAUCAUGCUUGGGAGUUCCAUUUUACCAAGGCAGCUCCAGAGUAUUGGCGAAACCUUGACCCUUAUUGGCAAGGCAAGAAACCCCUGAUGCACCGAUACUUCCAUCCCGAUGGAAGCCAAACUGCAGAUCCUGACGAUCAGGUGUGGGGCGGUCACGAGUGCUGUUACACGGUCGUGACCAGUUUGCUUGGGAAUGGGCAGAUAAGGGAGCAUUACGUCAGGAUUAACAGGUGGCUGCAGUUGGAUGUUCACAGGAAGCAGGAUUGGGGCUGGGAAAUGUCAAAUGACAUCUUCAGCUACUCCAGCAUCGCUGAUGGCUAUAGAGAAGGCGGAACAGGAGAACAGGACGACCCGUCUGAUCUUGCUAGUAAUGUUAAAUACCCCAACCUUCCUCUUUGUGUGUAUACUACUCCUGCUUAGCUUAGGUUGUUGCUCUAUCUACUACCGGACGAUGAACCUAGCAGCAUGUAGAAUACGUAAUAUCUGUGCAUAUUCUUAGAUACAUGUGAUGUGAUAAUGGGAAAUCUAGUGCUGUGGAAAGAUGAUGUAGGUUGUAUUAGGUAUUUUUGUUGCUUCAUGUGUAAGAAAGAAGCUAGACAGGA